GAAUCGAACAGAUAUAUAAAUCGCUUUUUUCACAGAGAAUCUCGCCGGAGUUUUGAUUCAUAUAUUCGAAGGUUAUGGCGGAAGAACACAGGCUUCAAGAACCACGAUUAUGUGCUAAGAAUUGUGGUUUCUUUGGAAGCACCGCUACACAAAAUCUUUGUUCUAAAUGUUUCAGAGAUGUUCAACAUCAAGAACAAAACUCUUCCACCGCUAAACACGCUCUUAACCAAACCUUAGCCGCCGUUUCUACAGGUGGCGGUACCGCGUCCUCCUCCGUAUCACCACCGCCUCAAGCUGAUUCGAAAGAAAUCGUCGAAGCGAAUUCGAAGAAACGAGCGGCGGCUGAGGAGGAGGAAGCGGCGCCGUCGCAAGAUCCGAAGCGGUGUUUGACUUGUCGGCGGCGGGUGGGAAUAACGGGGUUUCGGUGUAGGUGUGGCUUCGUUUUCUGUGGGACACAUAGGUACGCGGAGCUGCAUGAAUGUUCGUUUGAUUUCAAGAGGAUUGGGAAGGAUAAGAUCGCUAAGGCGAAUCCGAUUGUGAAAGCUGAUAAGCUUGAGAAGAUUUGAGUUUGUUGUUUGUUGUUGUUGUUUGGUUUGUGUGUUUGAAUGAAACCCACACACAUGAUGAUGAAGAAGAGCAAGAAACAAACAUGCUAAUGUAAAUUUAAUCAUAUCAUUUUAAGCUUUAUUUGAUGAUUUUCUUCAGUUUGGUUAUAAAAUUUGCCUCUCCCCA